CUGAGAUUCUACAGAGAUUUUACACGUGCAAGAUAAAAUAAGUCUUGUUCGAGCAAUCAUACCUGUUACUUACGGUAAACUAGCAACCGAAUUCAUCCUGAAGUUGAGAGUACAACAGCAAAUUUUUCAACAAUUGGUAUUGUGAUUUUUUUUCUAGAAAUUUAAUAAUGUUAAUCUAUUAACAUUUAAGCAAGAACUCACUACGAUGUCAUCAUAUGUGAGAAAAUUGUGCAUGUUUAUGUAUUCUAAAGAAGAAAUAAUUAAUAAUAUACAUAGACCGGAUAGUGAUCGUGUACGUUUAGUUACAGAAGCAACGAAACGAGCGUUUCGUUUGAAUGAGAAUACAUAUGCGACCUUCAUUAGUCAAAUAAAUGAAGCGAAACGUCAAUUAAAAUCUGAUGUUGAAAGAAAUAGGGUGAUGAAAUAUAAACAUGGUGGUGAUGGUGUUGGUGAACAUAGAGAUGAUAAUAGUGAUAUGAAUGAACAGGUAGGAAUGGAUAUCCGGGGUUUGUAA